CCUCCCCCCGGUUUUAAAAACCCUAGACGUGAUAAUUUCACCAGAAUGCUCUCGAUUCGAUUCUCCCACUGUAUCAAGGUUUUAUUGAGGCUGCAAUCUUCGGAUAUCGCUUUGAAAAAUCAUAAUCUGAACAUGAGCACUCUUGAAGUGAGGGGGUCUUCUCUUAGAGGGUAUCGAAGGAGAAAGGCAGUGCUUGAUCUGAAUGUUCCACCCAGUGAAAUCAGAGAACUGGAGGGUACUUCGCAACAGGCUGGGUAUGAGGAACAAACUAUCCAAUCCAUGCAGCUUGGACCGCCUGCAACUAUUGAUGUUGAUGCUAUUGAUGAUGAUGCAAUUGAAUCUUCGGCUACAUCUUUUGCAGAGACUCGGAACAAUUCAAGGAGGAACCGUGGAAGGACUGUUGUUGAUGUAGAUUCAGUAGGUGUAGCUCACAUGUGUCCUACUCAUAAUAAUCCGAAUAGGCUCCGAAGACUUCCUACGAGUCCAAAUUUUAUCGAUUGGGAAAGCUCUACACAAUCAGUUGUAAGAACUCUUCCUCUUAGUGUUUUGUUCAAAAUGUGUAAUGUCGUAUACUUUCAAGGAAACAUAUACAGGUUGGUUAUCAGGUCUAUAGAUAUCGUGACUAGACAUCCCUCCUUGUUUUCGUCCACGCACGCCUGUUGCAUUUCUGUUUUUUUAUUAGAUUUACGAACGCUUUAGACUUGUUGAAUGUUAUAUUGGCAGGUGGAGGAAAUUAUAGUGUCACAGCCACCACCAAAGGCACCAACCUUCAACUGUCCAAUUUGCAUGGGGCCGUUAACGGAGGAGACGUCAACAAGAUGUGGGCAUAUAUUCUGCAAGGCAUGCAUUAAAGCUGCACUAGCUGUUCAGGCGAAAUGCCCGACUUGCAGGAAAAGAGUCACCGUGAGAGGACUAAUUAGGGUCUUCCUUCCAUCGGUCGCUUGAACGAGAACUCCAUGCCUAACUAGUAAUGGAUAAUACAAACUGCCCUUAGAAAAAAGAUAAAAGAGUCUAUUCAUCCGGUGGUUGUUUCAGUGGAGCUAAUUUUGGAAUUUCUGACUUGGUAGUUUCAAAACUAUGU